AUGAGAAGAAGGUUUGUAAUUUGGUGGGAUGGAUAUGGGAUUCAAGCUAAGCAGAUGGGAGUUUUGGUUGUGACCACAGUUGUGGGUAGUCGGGCUGUGCAACAGGAAAGCAUAGACAGGUACGGGUUUGAAAUAAGAAUCCUAGUCUGGGGGCGGGAUGAAGAUGUGGAGCAGGCCGGCCCCGGCGCCUGCACCUUCGACUCCCGGCACCUCUACACCAAGAAGGUCUGCGGCGAGAGCUCCAUUCGAGCCGUCUCCUACAACAUCCUGGCCGACACCUACGCCCAGACGGAGUUCUCCCGCACCGUGCUCUACCCCUACUGUGCUCCAUACGCCCUGGAGCUCGACUACCGGCAGAACCUGCUCAAGAAGGAGCUGGCGGGCUACAGUGCCGACCUCAUCUGCUUGCAAGAAGUGGAUAAGUCUGUCUUCGUGGACAGCUUGGCUCCAGCCCUAGAUGCUUUUGGACUCGAAGGGCUCUUCAAGAUCAAGGAGAAGCAGCACGAAGGCCUGGCCACUUUCUACCGCAGGGACAAGUUCAGCCUCCUUAGCCAGCACGACAUAGCUUUCAGCGAAGCCCUGCUUUCGGACCCGCUGCACAAGGAGUUGUGUGAUAAGCUGGCCGAGUACCCCUUGGUGCAGGAGAAGGUGCUGCAGAGAUCAUCUGUGCUGCAGGUUUCAGUUCUUCAGUCUACAACUGAUCCUUCCAGGAAGAUUUGUGUAGCUAAUACCCACCUAUACUGGCAUCCAAAAGGUGGGAACAUCCGUCUCAUCCAAAUCGCUGUAGCCUUGUCUCACAUCAAGCAUGUAGCAUGUGAUUUGUAUCCUAGCAUACCAAUCAUAUUCUGUGGAGAUUUUAAUAGUACGCCAUCGUCUGGAACUUACAGUUUUAUUAACAGUGGUGGCAUUGCUGAAGAUCAUGAAGACUGGGUCUCGAAUGGUGAAGAAGAAAGGUGCAAUAUGCCUCUAAGCCAUUCUUUCAAACUGCUAAGUGCUUGCGGAGAACCUGCUUAUACAAACUAUGUUGGUGGGUUUCAUGGAUGUCUGGACUACAUUUUCAUUGACAAAAAUGCUCUUGAGGUUGAACAGGUCAUUCCAUUGCCAAGUCAUGAAGAAGUAACGACGCACCAGGCUUUGCCAAGUGUUUCACAUCCUUCUGAUCAUAUAGCACUAAUAUGUGACUUAAAGUGGAAAUAGAUCAGCUCUUGCGUGGUGCUUUUGGGGUUUUCAAACAAGAAAUUUAAUUUACUGCUGGGGAACUGAGGUUACACCCUGGCUUGUAUGCUACUAAAAGGAAAGUCAGAACGAUUACUAAAAAGUUCAUGUGUUUAAUGGUUCUACUGAAUAUUAUCACACUGUUCAGAAUAUUUGCAUGACAACUUUUCCCUUCCCUUUUUAUAUGCGAAUAGGAAAACCAAAUAUAUUUAAGAUGGGGGGGGUUUGAAAAUUGGAUUACCAUAUACCUUUUUUACAGGUGUUUUUAAAGGAUUAAGAAAUAUUUUGUUAAAAAAGAUACAUUAAUUUAAUCUGAUUUAUAAGACAGUGUACAAACUGAACCCUGCUUAAUUCAGAACCAAACACAGAACCUGAAAACAAAUGGCUUUAGCCGAUUCAACUUUAUUGUAAUUACUGUCAUGACAAGACAAAUUUUUAAAGUAAGUUCAGAAAUUCUCUUGUUCACUUACUGUUACUGUGUCAAAUUUUUUAGUAAGUGGCAUGAACAAUGUACUUGUACCUACUACCUUCUGAAAAGAUGUUCUUUGUUGACAGAAAGCCUAUUCACUGACAAUUAAUCAACCAUCUUAAAUUCAAGAUUAUAGUUGAUUUGGAAGCAUUUUGCUUGCCCACUCAAUAUGGGUUAUGAGGGUAACUUUAGCAUCUGGUAAAACUGGACUAUAUAGGUAGCAUCUACAUUGAACAUCUGUUCCUUCUGUUGUUUAUAGUCAUUAGCAAUAUAAGAAAUACUAAAGUUUGGGACAGCCAACUCUGGAUGGGAAGGAGCUUUAUAACCAUAUAAUCCGUUUUCAGAUGGGGGGGAUGGGACAGAAUAGUUAACAUGGUGUGUUAGGUUUCUGUGCCUAAAUCUUUAAAAAGAAACACAAGUGACUUGUGACCCUUUAUCAUGAUUGUUCUAUUUUGUUCCUCUAUUACAUAUACAAAGAUCUGAAUUUUUAAUACUGUUUUUCCCACAUUUUUUUCCUUCUAGAAAUAGUCUAGUCUUCCCUAUUUUGUAGGAGAUAAUUUGGAUGUGGGGAAAUGUAUAUUAUCCAUACCUUCACUGAAUGUGUUGGAGGGGUAUGAAUCAUUUAACAAGCUACUUUCCCUGCAUCAUUAGUCCAUAUGAAACAAACUGCAUUUGAAAACCAUUUCUCUAGAUCUCCCUCCUUCACGUAAUAAACUUCCCUUUUCAAUUGUCUGUC